AUGUCAUCACCACCGGCGUUUGUCUGGAAACCGCCGGGUCCAUCGGCAUCGUCUUCAUCGCUGCAAGAGGCAGGGAACGAAAGGAAGCCGACUAUCCUCGAGACCUCGACCGAUCCACCGGCUCCCGGCCAAAUGAGCCCGUCGGGUAGCGAGGAAAGUAAGACUGGCUCGCCGACUGAAAGCAGGCCGACUAACCUCGAGACGUCGAGCGGGCCAUCGACUCCCGGUCAAACGAGCCCAUUGGUUAACGAGCAAAUCGAGGCUGAUUCGCCGACGAAAAGCCCGCACGCCGAUGAGGGGCUGACGAGCCAGGAGCCAAGCCGGGGUCGUCCGUCUAUUGAAGAGCGGGUCGCUGCCCAAAGUGGCAAAGGCAUCAAAUGCGCUUACUGUACUGUUUCCCGUCGCACUUGCCGGCCGAUCCCAAUCGCCGACAUUGAUGUAGCCGCUCAGGCCGUGCUGGCCUUUAACAAGGCAGCACAUCCCCUUCCCAACGAAGACCCCGUAGCGCUCGCAACCGCAGCUGCGGAAGCCAAAAUUUGGGCGUUAACAAUUGCCAGCGGGCCAAGAGUAGACCCUCUGACACCAGACGGCAUCGCCGCCCUGGCAGCCAUGCGGGGGAAGGAGAAAGAGCUGAAGUCACUUUUACGCGGGAAGACGCCAUUUUUACCAGAGGAGGAUUCUGAGCAGCUUGACACGCAGCCCACGCUGGAGCAGGUGAUGAAGCGAUGGGACGAGGGGAUGCAAAAACUGCAGGAUCAGCACGAGGUCUUGCGCGACCUUGUGAUGGAAGUAUUGGCAAAGGUGGAUGGGAAGGAGUAG